AUGCAGCUUGUUAACUCAGUGUUGUUAAGUUUGCAUAUGUAUUGGGCUCAGAUAUAUGUGCUUCCAAAAAGUGUUCCACAAGAUAUAGUGAAGAUAUGUAGAGCCUUCCAAUGGAGUGGUCAUGCUUUCAGUCAUAAACCAAUCAACAUAGCUUGGGAUAAGGUCUGUAGUGACAAGCAAACUGGAGGUUUGGGGUUUAGAGAUGUUCAGAUUUGGAAUAUUGCAUUUAUGGGAAAAUAUGUAUGGGCUUUAGUCAAGAAGCAGGAAAAUGUUUGGAUCAGGUGGAUCAAUUCAGUUUACUUAAAGGAUGGGGAUUGGUGGGAGUAUCAGCCUGACUCUUCUGCUAGCUGGUACUGGAAGCAAGUUUGUAAUACAAAGGAGAAACUAAAACAGUUUUUUACUCUUGCAGAGUUUGAAAACAUGCCUCAGUAUUCAGUAAAACAAGUGUAUGAGAAAUUAGUUGGGAAUAAGCCAAGGGUGCAUUGGGAUAAAAUGUGCCAGUAUAGUAGGCAAAUUAUUAUAGCAGUUCAUCAGUGGAUUGGCUUCUCUAUUCAUGGCAAUUUGGUUCAGUUACUCAGGAAAGCUGGACAAAGUAGAGCUUCAAGGUUCAGGAAGCAAGUUUAUUUUGCAGCUAUUGGUGCUGCUGUCUAUCUGAUCUGGAAAUGUAGAAACACUAGUUUUUGGGAUAGUACCAUUCCCACUGUCAGUCAUAGUGUGAAGACUUUGAAGCAGAUGGUUAAGAGCAGAAUUCAAGUAGUUUUGCCAAAACAUGUAAGCAAGAGGGAUAGUGACUGGUUUACAACUUUGUAA